AUGUUUAAUUGCUGUACUUACCGGGGCGGCGGCUCUGUGCAGACCGGGAGCCGCCCUCGCUGUGGGCCGGGGAGGAGCUGGGCCCGGAGGCCGAGGCUCCCGGCCGCCCCCUCCUGCGGCCGCCGAGGCUCCCGUCCGUCUCGUCCUGCGGCCGCCGAGGCUCCCGGCCGCCCCCUCCUGCGGCCGCCGAGGCUCCCGGCCGCCCCCUCCUGCGGCCCAGCUGUGCCUGGCGGCGGUGGUCGCGGCCUCCCUGGGCCGGGCCUGGGCCCCGGUGGUCCUCUACCUGCUCUGGCUCUGGGGAGACAGGCACACGCCCCGGAGCGGCCGCCGGUCGGCCUGGGAGCCGGCGCGGGCCUGGCCGGGAAGGGGGCACUCUCCGCCUCUCCCCAGCUGGUGAAGACGGCCGAGCUGGACCCCACCCAGAACUACCUUUUCGGUUUCCGCCCCCACGGGCUGCUGGCCGUCGGGGCCUUCAGCAACUUCUGCCACGGGCUUCUCCCGCCUCUUCCCGGCCUCAGGCCGCACCUGCUGAUGCUGCCGUGCUGGUUCGAGAUCCCUCUCUUCCGGGACUACAUCAUGACCAGCGGUUUGGUCUCCUCGGACAAGGCCAGUGCCGCCUACCUGCUGUCCCGGCCCGAGGGGGGCCGGGGGGCCGUGGUGACUGUGGGGGCCCUGGAGGUUUUGGAGGCAAAGCCUGGGGCCUCAACUUUGCGGCUCCAGAACCAGAAAGGGUUCAUUAAGUUGUCACUGCAACACGGGGCCUCUCUCGUGCCCGUCUUCUCCUUCGGGGAGAAUGACCUCUUCCGGCUGCCGCCGGGCUCCUGGCUGCGGAGGGCGCAGGAGGGGCUGCAGAGGAGGCUGACCCUGUCCCUGCCGGUCUUCCACGGCCGCCUGGGCCUGCCCAUGCCCUUCCGCGCGCCCAUCCACACCGUGGUGGCCCCCAUCCCCGUGCAGCGCAGCCCGCGGCCCAGCCAGGAGCAGGUGGACCAGCUGCACCGGCUGUACGUGCAGCGGCUCACGCAGCUGUUCGAGGCGCACAAGACCCGCUAUGGCGUCCCUGCCGUCCAGCACCUUGUCCUCACCUAGGAGUGGCCGCUGGGCGGGGGAGUAAAGGCCGGACAGCAGGUGGCGUGUGCUCUGUGCUCUGUGCUCUGUGGUGUGUGGUGUGUGCUCUGUGGUCUGUGCUCUGUGCUCUGUGGUGUGUGAUGUGUUGAUGUGUGUUGGUGUGUAUGGUGUGUUGGUGUGUGGUAUGUUGAUGUGAUGUGUAUUGAGUGUUGAUGUGUU